GAUUGGCCCGUCGGGCCCGGCAGCCGGAAGCGGGAGAUUUGAACGGUAACGGGCUCCGCUGGCGGCUGCGCUGCAGGGUCGCUGCUCCCAGCGGGGUUGGGCUCGGGAGUCUCUUGGUGGCACCGGCCCGGGGACCGGGACUCGCUUGCGCCUGUUACCGGACAGCCCUGGCAGGGUCUGCCCCAAACGUGCCCGUGAGAGCAGCCGCCAUCCCCAGGGCCGUAGCCGAGCCCCUUCCCGUGCCAGAGAACGUAAGCGCGGGCUACGAUCUCUCCUCGCAGGAGCUGAAAAGAGCUGCCUGGGCCCUGCGGGUCACAGAAUGGCUGGAGGUGACUAUGCGGAAGUUCUCAAGUACUAUGAAUUACACGGAACAGUCGGCACAGGUGGGUUUGCAAAGGUAAAACUUGCACGGCAUCGUCUCACUGGUGAAAAAGUUGCAAUAAAAAUCAUGGACAAACUUGCUCUACAGGAUGAUUUGCCUCGUGUUAAAUUAGAAAUUGAUGCCAUGAAGGACUUGAGUCACCAGCACAUUUGCCGGCUGUAUCAUGUGAUUGAGACACCCAAGAAAAUAUUCAUGGUUUUAGAGUACUGUCCUGGAGGAGAACUGUUUGAUUACAUCAUUUCUAAGGACCGCCUUUCUGAGGAGGAAGCUCGUGUAUUUUUUCGGCAGAUUGUUUCAGCAAUUGCUUAUGUGCACAGUCGAGGAUAUGCCCACAGGGAUCUCAAACCAGAAAAUUUGCUGAUUGAUGAGGAACAUAAUCUGAAGCUGAUAGACUUUGGACUUUGUGCAAAGCCAAAGGGUGGCCUUGAUUACCAUCUGAACACAUCCUGUGGAAGCCCAGCUUAUGCAGCACCAGAGCUGAUUCAGGGCAAAGCAUACAUUGGCUCAGAGGCAGAUAUUUGGAGUAUGGGAGUACUGCUGUAUGCUCUGCUGUGUGGUUUUCUCCCCUUUGAUGAUGACAAUGUCAUGGCUGUCUACAGGAAGAUCCUGAGAGGAAAAUACAGUAUUCCAAAGUGGCUCUCUCCUAGUAGUACGCUGCUCCUUGACCAAAUGCUGCAGGUUGACCCAAAGAGGAGGAUUACAGUCAAACACCUGUUAAGUCACCCUUGGCUUAUGCAAGGCUAUUCUGAUGCUGUUCAGUGGCAAAGUAAAUACCCAUUGGGACAUCUUGACGAGGACUGCGUAACAGAGCUUUCUCUGUUUCAUGAGCAGAGCAGGGAGACUAUAAUGGAAUUAAUAACAGAGUGGAAAUAUGACCAGAUGUCAGCAACAUACCUCUUGCUUCAAUCCAAGAAGGCUCGUGGCAAGCGUGUUUGUUUAAGUGUUCCACGUGUAACAGGGCAUGCCAGAACCAUGCCAUUGGCAGGCCUCAAGUCUGAAAACAUUGUGACGUGUGAAGACUGCAAUGAAAUGCCAUCUGUGUUUGGAUCCAUGGAAUUUUCAAAUACAGCGUCACUGUUUAAAGAAUCUUCUUCAGAAGAAUUUUUUCUAAAUACUCAUGGAACAAAACAGCAUUCAAGGCCUGAUGCUCAAUUGGAUGAUACGGAAUUCAUACUGUCAACUCCAGUGACAAGAAAAGUGGCAUCUAAGAAGCAUAAAAACAAAGAGAAUGUAGAGACAGAGUCAGCUUUAAGAAAUGAAAUGCCCUUUGCACUUCCUGCUCCAAGGACUCCUUUUGUGAAGAGUCAGAUUGAGACACAGGAACAAGCCAUACCCUCUCAGGCACCUGCCUUUAAAGAGAGCCAGUUCACUGCAGUCACCCCAAUUAAACCCACAAACCUGACAAACACAGAUGAAUUCACAGCAGCUGAGGUUCUUCCCGAAACAAGGUGUCACUCAGUGGAAUUAGAUCGCAACCUAGGUCACAUGGAUAGCAGCCAAAAGAAGCGAAAAGCCAAAAUAUUUGGAAAUCUUGAAAAAGGCCUAGAUAAAGUGAUCACAAUGCUUACGCCAAGCAAGAAGAAACGAUGCACUAGAAGUUGUCCAAGGAAGCUAAAGGCACACUGCAAUGUUACCAUCACUCAGCUACAUAAUCCAGACCAACUGUUGAAUGAAAUAAUCACUGUUCUUUCAAAGAAGCAUGUGGAAUAUGUUCAGAAGGGUUACACCCUGAAAUGUCAAACACGGUCAGAUUUUGGUAAAGUAACUAUGGAGUUUGAGUUAGAAGUGUGUCAACUCGAUAAACCUGAAGCAGUGGGUAUUUGGCGACAGCGGCUUAAAGGUGAUGCCUGGGUCUACAAGAGGCUGAUGGAAGACAUCUUAUCUAGCUGCCAAGUGUGAGUGGCAGAGGCUUUUAUCAUGAUGUUUUGGAAAGGUCUGUUCAGAAAAGUAAUUCUUUGUCACAUACACAGCUAUACUUCAAAAAUCUGUCAUAUUUCUUGGGUUUUAACCAUCCCUUUUUUGUACAUAUGCGUUCUGUAUGUUUCCUUGAUUAGGUUCAUAAUAAAUGUUCUGCAAUUGCAACUUUUCUGAAGCAAAAUUUUGUAAGCUGUUCCCUUUCUCAUAUAUUUUUCCCAUAUCUGGGUUAAAAAAGUAGUGGUGUUUACAUGCUGAAGCUUUUUGUGCUAUGUCUUCAGUUAUCAAGUGCAUGUGGCACAGAAAUAGUAAUUUGCAUAAUUCUCUUGUCUCUGCUUAAGUAGGAUUUAUUGAGAUCAUUAACUAAGUCACAGCUGUGGUUCCCGGAGUUACCCUAUAUAUGCUCAGUGUUGUACAAAAUAGGACUGGCUUCAAUAAAUGUGAAGUCAAGAGUGCUUGGAUUUAAACUGUGAUCUCACGUAAAGUGUUGCUGUAUCUCAUUACAAAGCCUCAAUGACGCUUAAUAAGCCUGUGCACUUUCUGAUGCUCUCAUGUUAACAUGAUGAUAUUAGGAUCGCUGAAGAACAGCAGCACCUUUGAACUGUUGGGAAUGAAGAAGUCAUUUGUCACCCUGACUGUCUACAAGGAAUCCAGUGACACCUUUAACAGAAUUUAAGCGCCAGAAAUAAAACUCGAAAUAUCCAGAACAAGGACACCUAAGAGGUGGCUGGGGAGUUAGGGUAAUACCUUUAGAAAAUGGCGCAUGUGCUUGUGCUGUCUGUUGUGUGGAGUGUUUAUUUUUGCCUUUAUCUGUGCUUUACAAGCACAGAUUUUUUUUAUCUGGCUAAACCCAAGCAACAGCAGUGGGAAGACACGUGUUGAAGCCUUUCUGUAUGCAAAGACACCCAGUAAUACCUAGACAAGUUGACAGUGUGCUGCAGCUUUUUCUUAAACUACCUGGAGGCAACCGGCACUUGCUGCAUGUAAAGCCACGUUAUUGCCCCUUAACUAGAGCCUGAGGCACAUCCACCCAAGGGUUAGGUGGGUGGAGAGCUGACCAUUGCUGAAAACUUGAAGUGACAAACGAGAUACGGCUGGUAAUGAAAGCUGUUUUGCUUGUUUUCUGUGACCAUUACCGCACAACUGGAGGGGGUGUUUUGUCUCCACCAACGUAGAAGUGUCCCUCAAUGUUUUUUCCAAUGCCAAGUUGUCACUUUACUGCUUUUUAGACAGGUAAAGGAACAGGGACAAUUGUAGCGGUUUUCAAGAAAAAGUAGGAAUACUUGCAAGCAGGAAGAGCAAACUGUUGCUCUUCAAAACAUUUCUGGUCAAGGACCUUUUAGAUGCAGAAGGCACUAGGAGGAAAAGAGGGACAACAUGAACAAUGAUGCAGAUCCUCCUGACAGAGGGUAAGAGAGGUUGUAAUGAGAGCCAGGGUUGGCCGGUCAUGUUAAUUGAUAAGGGGUGUGGAACAUAGUCGUGUUCACUUUUGAAAGGUUAUCUUGUCAAAUGGCAAAGUAAGGAAAAGGGGGAAAGUCAGAAAUAAAAAAUAUAGGGACACAAACCUGACAUGCAGUCCUGCGAGGAGAAUGGAGUCAGACUUGAUGAUCCUUGCGAGUCCCUUCAAUGUGGCAUAUUCUAUGAUUCUGUUCAGUGACAGAAAGACAACAAAUGCUGUCAGUCACAGCAAGUGGAGGGGCUUUGGGAAAACUGCAGCAAACUGGGAUUUUGCAGCUAGUGAGACAAAUCCCAAGGGUGUGAGAUGCUGGGGGGAGUCAAUGGGGAGGUGCCAGCCGAUGGGGUGAUGCUCAGGGAUCUCAGCCCAGUGCUGGCUGUGGGGCAGAGUGUCUGCAUCCUCCCCUCCCAGUUGACUGUGGGUAUUCCCCAACAAAUGUGAAGCUGGGCUAGCAGAUAAGCAGGAGGCCUUAGGUCUGGGCAGGGGUGUCAGGUGGGUAAAAAGUGUGUGCUGGUUUUGGGGGGGACACACAAGCCUGGGGUGUGCCCAUGGGCCCCAUGUGUGAGUGCUGCAUGCUUCCAGUUAACACUGGGCUAGACCAGAUGGCAAGCAGGGGACACACACAGAGGAAAGGGACAGGCAG